AUGCCCAGCAUGCUCCUCAACACAGACCUCGAAGCCGAAGUUACUCUCCUCGAGUCGCGCCUCCAAGAUGCCCGCGCCCAACUAGCAGCCUCCGAAUACCCCAGUCCCCCCUCCUCAUACACCGUAAAAGAACCAUAUAUCAAAUCUAAACCCCAAUCUCCAACAAUCCACACACCCCUCCACGCCCUCCUCCUCCUCUCAGACUCCGCCCUCCCCCUAGGCUCCUUCGCAUACUCCAGCGGGCUGGAAUCCUACCUAGCACACAACAAACCCUCCCGCACAUCCCCCAUAACCUCCUUCCACCGGUUCCUCAAACUAUCCAUCGCCUCAAUCGCAAGCACCUCCCUCCCCUACGUUCUCGCCGGCUACCGCCACCCAGAAACCCUAGACACGCUAGACAAUGACAUCGACGCAUCGACGCCCUGCAUCGUCGCACAGCGCGCAAGUAUUGCGCAAGGCCGCGCUCUCAUAGGUGUUUGGGAGCGCGCAUUCCGUGUUAGCUUCGCGGGGCCCGGGAGUCCCGUUUCUAGCGACGCGGAGAGCGCGGUCGCGGCUAUAGAUGACUUGUCUGAUGCGUUGAAGUCUUGUUUAGAGGAGGAUGAUGGGUUGGGGCCGAAGGGUCACUUUGCUCCGCUUUGGGGGGUUGUUUGUCGGGCGAUGGGGUUGGACUUGCAGCAGACGGCGUAUGUCUUCGUCAUGAAUCACGCGAAGGCGGUGCUGAGUGCUGCGGUCCGCGCGAGUGUUAUGGGUCCUUAUCAGGCGCAGAAUGUGCUUGCUAGUCAGAGUCUGCAGGAUAUGAUUACGAAGCGCAUUGCAAGGGAGUGGGAUACGCCAGUGGAGGAGGCUGGGCAGAUUGUGCCGGCGUUGGAUCUUUGGGUUGGGAGGCAUGAGUUGCUGUAUAGUCGGAUCUUUAACUCUUAA